AUUUUAUAUAUUUAUUAUAUAAUUCACAUCUACAAGAUAAUAUACACAAAAUAUAACGAAUUUAUGUCAGAGCGCUAAUGAAACGUUCUUGUGCAGGAGAUAAUUCACCACUUAUAAAAAAGAAAAUUCGUGAUAAUUCAGAAGAAUUUUCGUCGUCAAUUACUCAAUCAUCUGCUAAACUUAAAUCUAACAUGAGCUUACUUUCUUAUAUUCACGAUCUUGUACAUAAUCUCGAACAAGGUGAUAUUGAUCACUGUUUAUCUAAUUCUAUAGACACUUCGAAACUUGGUGACAAAUUAUCAAAACAGGACUCUGAAAAAUUAUCUUCAAUAGACCUGAUGCUUAAAAAAAUUGCACAACGUCAGCUACAGUUAGAGACUGAAAAUUUAAGAAGCCGAAUUAUGAUCCAACAACAGCAUCAAUUAUUAACCGCACAUGAUCACGAGGAAACAUCUCAUACAAAUAAUCGUCAUUCUUCUAAUCAUACCAUAACUUCGGAUGAAGAUAAUUUAACUACUAUUCAUGACUCUUCUUUAUUAGAAAAAUUAGAAAAUUCUUAUCGUCAAUUACAACCGGAAACACCAACUGGUUAUUUUGCUGAUAACGUCAAUUCAUCUUCAACAUCAUCAACUCCUGCUGCAGUAGCAGGUUCUAACUCUUCUGUUCUUUCUACCCCACCUUUCAAUAUUUCAUCAACAGCUACAGCUUAUCCUGUUUAUUUUACAAAUGCAACAAGUUCAGAUAAUAUUGUUUGUCCUGAUUGUGUUAUUCAGGCUGUUAAAGUAGCUUCUGGUGUCUUUAACGGAGACCUCGGUCGUCGUAUUACUUGCGAACAUGAGCGUUGUGUCAUACCCGGUUCACAACUUGAACUUAAUGCCCCUAUCAACACCCUCAAGAACGCUGUUAACGCAAUGGCCGAUCGUCUUCAACUUGUAACGGAUGAAGUUAAUUUUGUCGCUCAUGAAACAGCUGUAAAUGGUAAGUUAGGUGUUCAAGCUCGUUGUGUUAAAGAAAUGAAAGGUCUUUGGCAUGAUUUUGUUGUAAAUCUGAAUAGUAUGACAAGGAAUCAUCUUGAACAAGUUAGAGAUAUCGCUGAUGUUUCUACUGCUAUUGCUCGUGGUGAUCUCAGUAAGGCUAUGACUGUACCUGUUAAAGGUGAAACUUUGGUUCUUAAAAAUACAUUUAAUACGAUGGUCAAUCAAUUGAAUUUAUUUGCUUCUGAAGUUUCAAGAGUGGCUCACGAAGUAGGUACGGAGGGAAAACUAGGUGCUCAAGCUAAAGUACAAGGUGCUGAUGGAAUUUGGAAAGAAUUAACGGAUAAUGUCAAUACAAUGGCUGCUAAUUUAACAAAUCAAGUCAGAGAUAUUGCUCAAGUUUCAAAAUCAGUGGCUCGUGGUGAUUUAACUAAAAAAGUCACUGUAGAGGUAAAAGGUGAAAUGCUUGAUUUAAAAAAUACGAUUAAUACCAUGGUCGAUCAAUUAUCUAUCUUCGCUACAGAGGUCACAAGAGUUUCAUUAGAGGUAGGUACAGAAGGUAUCUUGGGUGGUCAAGCCGUUGUCAAAGAUGUGGGUGGUACUUGGAAGGAUUUAACAGAUAAUGUAAACAUGAUGGCUUUAAAAAUUACAAAUCAAGUUAGAGAUAUUGCGGUUGUUGCUAAAGCUGUUGCUCGUGGUGAUCUAUCUAAAAAAGUGAAAGCAAAUGCUCAAGGCGAAGUUUUGGAAUUGAAAAAUACAAUGAACAAAAUGGUGGAUCAGUUGAUUCUUUUCUCAGCAGAAGUGCGGCGUGUUUCAUUAGAAGUAGGUGUAGAAGGAAAACUAGGAGGUCAAGCUGUUGUUAAGGACGUUGGUGGGACAUGGAAAGACCUUACAGAUAAUGUCAAUACUAUGGCUGCUAAUCUUACAACUCAAGUACGUUCAAUUGCUGAAGUGACAAAGGCAGUUGCUAAAGGUGAUCUAUCUAAGAAAAUUGAAGUAGAAACUCGUGGUGAAAUAUUAGAUCUUAAGAAUACCGUCAAUGACAUGGUGGAUCAGCUAAGGGUAUUUGCCUCUGAGGUCACCAGGGUGGCUAGAGAAGUGGGUACAGAUGGUAAACUUGGAGGACAAGCGCAAGUUCCCAAUGUGGAUGGUACCUGGAAGGACUUGACAGAUAAUGUAAACACGAUGGCAACAAACUUGACUACUCAGGUACGUUCCAUUGCUGUCGUCACUAAGGCUGUUGCCAACGGUGAUCUUUCUAAAAAGAUUCAAGUGGAUGUAAGUGGUGAAAUAUCAGAUCUAAAGGAUACAGUAAAUAACAUGGUGGAUCAAUUGCGAGUGUUUGCUUCAGAAGUCACCCGUGUUGCUCGAGAAGUCGGAACAGAGGGCAAAUUAGGUGGCGAAGCAAUCGUACCAAGUGUGAGUGGUACUUGGAAGGAUUUGACGGAUAAUGUAAAUACGAUGGCAGCUAAUUUAACUACUCAAGUAAGAUCGAUUGCUGAAGUGACUAAGGCCGUAGCCAAAGGUGAUCUCUCCAAGAAAAUAGACGUCGAAACACAGGGCGAAAUUUUAGAUCUUAAAAACACAGUCAAUAGCAUGGUGGAUCAACUAAACGUUUUCGCAGCAGAAGUAACUAGGGUAGCCAAGGAAGUCGGUACAGACGGUAAAUUAGGUGGUCAAGCGCAAGUUCCGAAUGUGGAUGGUACCUGGAAGGACCUGACGGAUAACGUCAAUCAUAUGGCUACUAAUUUAACAAACCAAGUAAGAUCUAUUGCAGAAGUGACAAAGGCCGUGGCUCUAGGUGAUCUAUCUAAAAAGAUUGAAGUUGAGUCAGGUGGUGAGAUACUAGAUCUUAAAAAUAUAGUGAACAACAUGGUGGAUCAGUUGCGUGUCUUUGCCUCUGAGGUAACUCGCGUCUCAAAAGAAGUAGGUACAGAGGGUAAAUUAGGUGGGCAAGCUGUAGUCCAAGGCGUAGCAGGUACUUGGAAACACUUGACAGAUAAUGUAAACAUUAUGGCUGCUAAUCUCACCAACCAAGUAAGAUCAAUAGCAGAAGUCACUAAAUCUGUAGCCCUAGGUGAUUUAUCAAAGAAAAUUGAGGUUGAGUCUGGUGGCGAAAUCCUCGAACUUAAAAAUAUUGUCAAUAACAUGGUGGACCAGUUACGUAUAUUCGCCUCUGAAGUGACUCGUGUCUCUAAGGAGGUAGGUACGGAAGGUAAACUGGGUGGUCAAGCCAUGGUUCCUAAUGUCGCUGGUACGUGGUACGAACUCACAAAUAAUGUCAACAUCAUGGCCGCCAAUUUAACAUCUCAGGUACGCUCAAUUGCGGAGGUGACAAAGGCCGUAGCUCUAGGCGAUCUAUCUAAAAAGAUUGAAGUUGAGUCAGGGGGUGAAAUCCUUGAACUUAAGGAUAUUGUAAAUGGUAUGGUGGACCAAUUACGUAUAUUUGCUUCUGAAGUUACACGUGUCUCAAAAGAAGUUGGCACAGACGGUAAGUUGGGUGGUCAAGCUAGUGUACCUAAUGUAGCUGGUACUUGGUACGAAUUGACCGAUAAUGUAAAUAUCAUGGCUGCAAACCUUACAACUCAAGUACGUUCAAUUGCCGAGGUCACUAAAGCAGUCGCAAGUGGUGAUCUAUCCAAAAAAAUUGAAGUGGAAACUCGUGGUGAAAUAUUAGAUCUUAAAAAUACUGUCAAUGACAUGGUGGAUCAGCUAAGAGUAUUCGCCUCUGAGGUCACCAGAGUGGCCAGAGAGGUAGGUACAGAUGGUAAACUAGGUGGCCAAGCUCGCGUUCCGAAUGUGGAUGGUACCUGGAAGGACUUGACGGAUAAUGUAAACACGAUGGCUACUAAUUUAACAAACCAAGUAAGAUCUAUUGCAGAGGUAACAAAGGCUGUAGCUCUAGGUGAUCUAUCUAAAAAGAUUGAAGUUGAGUCAGGCGGUGAGAUACUGGAUCUUAAAAAUAUUGUCAAUUCUAUGGUGGAUCAACUUCGUGAAUUUUCUUCUGAAGUAACAAGAGUAGCUCGUGAAGUCGGUACUGAAGGAAAAUUAGGUGGUCAAGCUAUUGUUCAAGGAGUAGCAGGCACUUGGAUGGAUUUGACAGAUAACGUCAAUACAAUGGCUGCUAAUCUUACAACUCAAGUACGUUCGAUUGCUGAAGUUACUAAAGCAGUCGCGAGUGGUGACCUAUCUAAAAAAAUAGAAGUGGAAACUCGUGGUGAGAUACUAGAUCUUAAAAAUACGGUCAAUGAAAUGGUGGAUCAGCUGAGAGUAUUUGCCUCUGAAGUCACACGAGUCGCCAAAGAAGUCGGUACAGAAGAUAAUGUCAAUACUAUGGCUGCUAAUCUGACUACACAAGUGCGUUCUAUUGCAGAAGUGACUAAAGCAGUAGCUCUUGGUGACUUAUCGAAAAAAAUUGAAGUUGAAUCUGGUGGUGAAAUUUUAGAUUUAAAGGAUACAGUUAAUGGCAUGGUGGAUCAACUUCGUAUUUUUGCUGCUGAAGUAACUCGUGUCUCUAAGGAAGUAGGUACAGAAGGCAAACUAGGUGGCCAGGCUAUGGUUCCUAAUGUCGCUGGUACGUGGUAUGAACUAACCGAUAAUGUCAAUAUCAUGGCUGCCAAUUUAACAAACCAAGUAAGAUCUAUUGCAGAGGUAACAAAGGCCGUAGCUCUAGGUGAUCUAUCUAAAAAGAUUGAAGUCGAGUCAGGUGGUGAGAUACUGGAUCUUAAAAAUAUAGUGAAUAACAUGGUGGACCAAUUACGUAUAUUUGCCUCUGAGGUAACUCGCGUCUCAAAAGAAGUAGGUACAGAGGGUAAGUUGGGUGGCCAGGCUGUAGUCCAAGGCGUAGCAGGAACCUGGAAUGAAUUAACUGAUAAUGUAAACAUCAUGGCUGCAAACCUUACAACUCAAGUACGUUCAAUUGCCGAGGUCACUAAAGCAGUCGCAAGUGGUGAUCUAUCUAAAAAAAUUGAAGUGGAAACUCGUGGUGAAAUAUUAGAUCUUAAGAAUAUUGUAAAUUCAAUGGUGGAUCAACUAAGGGUAUUUGCCUCUGAGGUUACCAGAGUGGCUAGAGAAGUAGGUACAGAUGGUAAACUUGGAGGACAAGCUCGCGUUCCGAAUGUGGAUGGUACCUGGAAGGACUUGACGGAUAAUGUAAACACGAUGGCUACUAAUUUAACAAACCAAGUACGUUCCAUUGCAGAAGUUACUAAAGCAGUAGCUCUAGGUGAUCUAUCUAAAAAGAUCGAAGUUGAGUCAGGCGGUGAGAUACUGGAUCUUAAAAAUAUUGUCAAUUCUAUGGUGGAUCAACUUCGUAUUUUUGCUUCUGAAGUAACAAGAGUAGCUAAGGAAGUAGGAACAGAAGGUAAAUUAGGUGGUCAGGCCAUAGUGGAAGGCGUCGCUGGUACUUGGAUGGAUUUAACGGAUAAUGUAAAUAUUAUGGCUGCUAAUUUAACUACACAAGUACGUUCCAUUGCAGAAGUGACUAAAGCAGUAGCUCUUGGUGAUUUAUCGAAAAAAAUUGAAGUUGAGUCUGGAGGCGAAAUUCUUGAACUUAAGGAUAUUGUAAAUGACAUGGUGGAUCAACUUCGCAUUUUUGCUUCUGAAGUUACACGUGUCUCGAAAGAAGUCGGUACAGAAGGUAAAUUAGGUGGACAAGCUCGUGUUCCUAAUGUUGCCGGUACUUGGAUGGAUCUUACUGAUAAUGUAAAUACAAUGGCUGCAAAUCUUACAACUCAAGUACGGUCGAUUGCUGAAGUUACUAAAGCUGUAGCAAGUGGUGAUUUAUCAAAGAAGAUUCACGUUGAAACUCGGGGCGAGAUUUUGGAUUUGAAGAUUACAGUGAACUCAAUGGUAGAUCAACUUCGUGAAUUUUCAUCUGAGGUAACAAGAGUGGCUCGUGAAGUUGGCACAGAGGGAGCCUUAGGUGGUCAAGCUCAUGUUCGAGGGGUUGCAGGUACUUGGAAAGAUUUAACUGAUAAUGUGAACACAAUGGCUUCAAAUCUUACUACCCAAGUACGUUCAAUUGCUGUGGUUACAAAGGCUGUAGCGAGUGGUGAUUUAUCAAAGAAGAUUGAUGUUGAAACUCGCGGUGAAAUUCGAGAAUUAAAGGAAACUGUAAAUGAUAUGGUGGAUCAAUUACGUGUGUUCGCUGCAGAGGUUACUCGAGUUGCUCGAGAAGUUGGUACUGAAGGUAUACUUGGUGGUCAAGCGACAAUUGUUGGUGUUGAUGGUACUUGGAAAGAUCUAACAGAUAAUGUAAAUCUUAUGGCAAGCAACCUGACUGAUCAGCUUAGAGCUAUUGCUGCAGUUUGUAAAGCUGUAGCACAAGGUGAUCUUAGCAAAAAAAUUGAAGUUGAAGUCCACGGUGAAAUUGCUGAAUUGAAAAAUACAAUUAAUACGAUGGUAGACCAAUUAAGCUCAUUUGCCUCUGAAGUCACACGCGUAGCUAAAGAAGUAGGUACUGAAGGUAAAUUAGGAGUCCAAGCUCAAGUUAAGGAUAUUGAAGGCUUAUGGCGUGAUAUUACAAGUAAUGUCAAUACAAUGGCUUCUAAUUUAACCACCCAAGUGCGUGCGUUUGCUCAAAUUUCUGCUGCUGCUACUGAAAAUGACUUUUCUCGUCUCAUCACAGUUGAAGCUUCUGGUGAAAUGGAUUCUUUAAAAACCAAAAUUAAUCAAAUGGUUGGCUCUCUUCGCGAUGCUAUUCAAAAGAAUAGAUUGGCUCGAGAAGCUGCUGAAUUAGCGAAUAGAUCCAAGAGCGAAUUUCUAGCUAAUAUGAGUCAUGAAAUUCGAACCCCUAUGAACGGUAUUAUUGGUAUGACAUCGCUUACACUUGAAACUGAGUUGAAUAGACAACAAAGAGAGAAUUUGAUGAUUGUUUCUAGUUUAGCAAAUAGUUUGCUAACGAUCAUAGAUGAUAUUUUGGAUAUUUCAAAGAUUGAAGCGGGUCGAAUGACAAUUGAAUCCAUUCCUUUCUCAUUACGCUCCGCUGUCUUUAGUGUUCUGAAGACAUUAGCAGUAAAAGCGAAUCAGAAAAAGCUUGACCUCAUAUACCAUGUUGAUCAGCUUAUUCCGGAUCAAUUAAUCGGUGAUCCACUUCGUUUACGACAAGUCAUUACAAAUUUGAUUGGCAAUGCAGUGAAAUUUACUACACAAGGCGAGGUUGUUCUUCGUACACGAGCUGUUCGUAUGGAAGAUAAUACUGUUACAUUAGAGUUUUGUGUAAGUGAUACUGGUAUUGGCAUCCAAGAGGAUAAAUUGAAUGUUAUAUUUGAUACUUUUUGUCAAGCAGAUGGAAGCACUACUCGAGAAUAUGGUGGUACUGGAUUAGGUUUAUCUAUCUCUAGACACCUUGUACAGCUAAUGGGUGGUGAUUUAUGGGUUGAGUCAAAAUAUGGAAAAGGAUCUGAAUUCUAUUUCACAGUCAAUCUUCUUAGAUAUGAUCUUCAGCAAAAAGAAGUUUUUGAUAAGAUACGUCAAUUCCGUAAUAGAAGAGUUUUGUUUUUAGAUACUAUGAAUGAUCAGACAGAGGUCUUGAAUAAAGUAACAUCGCUUGGAUUGAAGCCUUAUCGUGUUAGUAAUAUUGAAGAGGCAGCAAGAGUUGCGAAUGCCAAUUCUAGCAAGAUUAAACAUGCACCUUUCUUUGAUACAGUUAUCAUUGAUAAAAUGACAUUAGCAGAAAAAAUUAGAGAAAUUAUCCCACUUCGUUAUACACCUAUUGUUCUUAUUGCUCCAGAAGUUCAUCUUUUAAAUAUGAAACUUUGCAUUGAUUUGGGCAUUACAGGUUAUAUUAACACACCGGCUAACCUUGCAGACAUAGUUGCCGUUCUUCUUCCUGCUUUAGAAAGUCAUGCAGCACUUCCUAGUGAUGCCUCUAAAUCAGUACCUUUAGAAAUUUUAUUAGCAGAAGAUAAUGAUGUUAACCAAAAACUUGCAGUUCGAAUUUUGGAAAAGUUUGGACAUCAUGUUAAAGUAGUAGCUAAUGGUAAAUUAGCUGUAGAAGCGUAUGAAUCGCAAAAUUUUGAUUUAAUCUUGAUGGAUGUACAAAUGCCUGUUAUGGGAGGUUUUGAAGCGACACAAAAGAUUCGUGAAAUUGAAAGGAAUUUGAACAAUUCGCAUAUACCUAUUAUUGCAUUAACAGCACAUGCUAUGAUUGGAGAUAGAGAAAAAUGUCUACAAGCUGGCAUGGAUGAAUAUGUUACCAAGCCCUUAAGAUUCCCUGAAUUGAUUGCCGCUAUUAAAAAGUUUGCUCCUCAGUCAGCACACAUGUUGAUAGAGGGUAAACUCAAGUCACUUAAGAAAUAACAAUAAUAAAUUAUAUAUAGAAAAGAUUUUUUU